GAGAGAGGGAGGUAAAGGGAGGGAGGAGAGAAGCUCACAGCCUCAAUCAGGUCUCUCAGAGUCUCAGGCGCUUUGAAUCGAGCGAUACGGGAAGAGGGACGGAACGCAGCGGAAAACGACUGCAAAUCUGGGGCCGAAACGGGCAGAUCCGGACUGUUCCUCUGGAUCACAGUGAGAGGAAAAGGAAGAAGCUUUCUUCUGAAGCUGGAGGGGGUUCACAUCUCUGAAGGGCAAGAUAAGACAAGGAAAGCAGAGAAGAUAAGAGAAGAGAGGAGAGGAAGCCUUGCGAGCAGAGAUGGAUAGAUGGAUGGAUGAAUAGAUGGAUUGAGAUUGAGAAGAAUGACGCAUGUCCUGUGAAGCUCUGAAGCUUCUGCCGGGUGGUUCUUCUUUGCUGGUGGAGGUGAAGGAGCAGAAGGAGGAAGAGGAGAAGGAGGUGAAGGAGUGGGAGUGACGGGAGAGCAACAGGAGGGAUGGGGUUCGAUUCGAUAUUCCAGAGAGCGGUUUUCUUUUUUUCAGUUUUGUAAUUUAGCGCAUGAAUUUAGAUUCCUUCCGCGUUUUUCUUUUUCUUUUUUCGUAUAUGAGGGCUUGUACGUUUUUGGAAAGAUCUGGAUCCACCGGACCCUCUGGACCUUCCUGCACGUUGAAAGGAAGACCCUUCAAUCUCCAAUCCAGCUCUGUUAGUGUGUGUUUUUGCAUGUAUGAGUGGGUGUGCGCUCACUUCUGUUCUGUCAUCUCUCUGUUUCUGCCCGUUUCAUCCAUCUGUUGGAUUCUGGCUGUCCUUUCGCACUUCUGCAAGCAUCCCUUGCCAUCUGUGAGUGUGUGUGUGUGUGUGUGUGUGUUUUUGUGUGUUUGAGUGAGUGUGUGUUUCUGUGAGCCGUUUACCUGCUGUUGUAUCAGCGGUCACCUGUUUCGAAUAUAAGAAGGGGCCUGGUUGGUUGGUGCCUUGUUUGGUGGACCAGUUUGGAGUUUGGUGGACAUGCAGCAACAGGUGUAAAAAAACCUAUUAAACCUAUAGAUAAAGAUUUUUGAACCCAAUUCAGGUCUUUUUUUGUAUUGUUUUAAACCGUAAUGGGGUUUUAAUGGGUGAGUUAGACGACAUGGCUCAAGUGGAUUUGACUUGCUCAAAGCCCGUUUCAUCUCAAAGUUGGACAGAAACAAUUAAGGUAGCACAUUUGUGGGACUAUGAAUGGAGCUCCACUUGAUAAAAAUCUGGAUUACGAUCUUUGACUUCAGCAACAUUUUGAACUCUUUUUAGGACAGUUUUUUUUAAGUCACUUCUGUCCAUACUUGGACUUCUGGUCCAUUUGUUGGGGAUUUCCAACCUCUUCGGAGUAAAGAUCUACACCUUCUCUCUAAAUAAGAAGUUAAAACAAUAAACAGACACCGCUUGGAGAUUUUUCAGAAGGAGCAGGUUGGACCUCAGUAUCGGCCAUACUGACCAAAACCUCUGAACUCCUGCUGCGCGCUGUGGUUAAGGCUCAGGGUUGUAAUCAUUAUGAUCGGCGUCAACAGUCUCCACUCUGCAGGACGCCUACGCUCCCGCUCUCUGUGUUCCGUCCGAUACGGCCGAGAUUUUCGUAUGAUGGAUCCGUUCCGUUACCCCCGUACGCCACGCUCGCGCUCCCUCAAACCGCUGGUGUUCCCCGACCUGCUGGGCAAGGCUCAGGACGGCCAGAAACACCCACAGUUCCGCAAGAGGAAGAGGGCCCUGUACAACUCCAUCAAGAACGAGAAGCUUCAGUGGACGAUUGAUGAGGAGGAGUUGCGUAAGUCUUUUUCUGAGUUGGGAGAGCAGAGGGAGGAAUCGAAUUCCAGAGGGAUGAAGAGAACGGGCAGUGGGAUCGUUCCUGCAUCCGGCGCUCUGCUCUACAAGACCGGCUUCCUGGUGCGCAAAGUCCACGCCGACUGUGACGGCAAACGGACUCCGCGAGGGAAGCGAGGCUGGAAGACCUUCUAUGCUGUUCUGAAGGGUCUCGUCCUGUAUCUCCAGAAGGGUGAGUACAGGCCUGACAAGCGGCUCUCUGAUGAAGAUCUGAAGAACGCCGUGUCCAUCCACCACUCCCUGGCCAUCAGAGCCACUGACUACCAUAAACGACCCAACGUUUUCUACCUGCGCACGGCCGACUGGAGAGUCUACCUGUUCCAGGCUCCGAACGCAGAACAAAUGCAGUCUUGGAUCACUCGCAUCAACACAGUUGCUGCCAUGUUCUCUGCCCCGCCCCUGCCAGCUGCCAUCGGCUCACAGAAGAAAUUCAGCCGCCCGCUGCUGCCAGGCUCAGCCUCCAAACUCUCGCAGGAGGAGCAGGUACAAGCUCAUGAGGCUCGUUUUCAUGCCACCUCCACGGAGCUGGCGGAGCUCCGCUCGUACCCGCCUGACCGAAAGGUUAAGGGCCGAGAGCUGGAGGAGUACAGACUGAGGGAAGAGUACCUGGAGUUUGAGAAAACGCGGUACGAGACGUACAGCAUGCUGCUGAGAGCUAAGCAGCGCUGCGGAGACGACAACCUGUCGGUGUUUGAGGCCAUGCUGCUGGAGGAGGGUUCUCUGCAGAGGGCUCAGUCCAGCCCGACCCUGCAGGAGAGCAGCCUGACCUGCAGCACCAGAGACGGCCCCAGCACGGCCAGGGACCCCCCGGCCACGGGGAACGGCACCGGAGCAAGCUGCGCCCGCGGACAAGGCCAGAGACACAGCUACCGGCAGGCCGUCAAAAAGUGACCCCUUCCCACUCUGUACUGGAAGCGCUUUGUGCUGGAGAAGAAGCGAGGUCUUUCUCUUUCCUGUGCACGCCCUCCUGCAGGACACGGUGGCACAGGCUCUCUGUGCAGACUCUGUGAUUGGCCUGCUGGUGAACCAUCUCCUGGGUAAAACCCAGAGUCCUGGGUGGUGAUGUGCGUUUGGGGAGAGCGUGGAGGGGGCAGAGGAAAGCGUUUGAGACAUUGAAGGACGUUUAUGUUGACCUGAAAGAGGUGGAAGGAUGUACUGUGAUGUGUACUAGAUAUGAGAGGAACUAGAGGGUCGAAGGAACACUUGAACUCUUCUUCUAUCGUCGUCGUUCUGCCGUCUGCUCUGUGGAUCCACACACUCUCCAAUCGCCUCAGACCUGGGACCAAACCUCCGCUCGAUACCUUUAAAAUGACUGUUAGCAUCCCAAUCUUUCACACCAUGCAGGGGCCAUCAUAGACAGUGCACCUCUCAGCUUCCCUGCAUGUACAGUACCUUUCCGUGUCGUGAUGAUCGUCAGUAGAUGAUCUUUGACGAUCUUUGCUUUGACGAUGAUCUGCAAGUCAUUCCUUGCUCUUCUUUUUUUUGUCGUAUCAAAUCAUACUACCUGUUUAUCUCCAAUGUUAAUUCCAUAGCAGCAGGGCUUGUCACAUUCCACAUUCAGAGCAGUGCACUCAACAGGGAGCGUCCAUAGGUGGACUCCUGGAUAAAGAUUGUGAAAGGUUGUGAAGACAGUAGGACAGUGGUAAGUAGGACCAGGACUGAGCUUCACAUCGGCUCUCAGAGAGCUGUCUGUGCUUCUUCUGUAUAUACAGUCCACGCCUGGGCUAAUACGUCCUACAGACCCCCUUUUGAUAUCUAUCCCAGUGCUUCGGGUGCAGAUACGCUGUACAUCAAAUUGGGGCUAUAUUGGAUCUCAACCGCUUGACUUGAAUGGUCAUCAAUCCCAGUUCCAGUUCCAGAGUUGCACUGGAAUGACUCGAGCUGAUUUCAUAUAUAUGUAUAUUGAGCUGAUUGUCCUGAAUGGUAGACAGAUCAUACCAUUUUGACUCCAGUUUUUCUUUUCCCCAUUCCAGAACGUCUCUUGCACUUAACGUUAACUAUUAUUACUAUGAGACAUUUUACAUUUAUUCUACAAUCUCAAAUAAAAAAAAAUUGGGACAGAAUGGAAAAAGCAAAUUUACAGAAAAUCCAAAUGUUUCUUACAGUGUUUCCUUUGACUUUCAUUUGAUUACAGACAGUAUAAACUCAAGAUAUUUUGUUUUUUUUUUAUCUACUCAACUUCUUCUUUUCAUUCAUUAUUAAUAUUAAUGCAUUCCAGGCCUGCAACCUAUUCUUAGGUGAAUAAAAUUGGGAAGGCUGGAGGGGUGCUGGAACCUAUCCAAGCCAGCAUCGGGUGGAAGGCAGUAUACACACUGGACAGGCCACCAAUCCAUCAAACAAUACCCAAUCAGCCUGAACCGGGGGAAACCCACGCAGACACGGGGAGAAAGACCCGGGUCACCCCAGCCGGGAAUCAAACCCAGGUCAUCUUGCUGUGAGGCAACAGCUCCACCGUGCCACCCCGCAGUUGUUAUGUAAGAACUAAAAUCGUAAUUACAUAUCUUUUCUUUAUUUGCAGAAUAUUAAGAUUUUUUUUUCAUUGUCCAGCCCUAUUUUCCUAUUUCAGAUUUUUUUUGUUUAACCUUUAGCCCUAAAUUGACCCUGACCCAACUAUUAUUGGAAUGUGUUGCAGGCCUGAAAUGCAGGUAUGGAUGUAUUAUAUUAAUGAAUAAAUAGGAAAUUAAGCAGAUAAAACUGCAAUCACAUAAAAGUCGAAAAGAAACCUAUUUUAAAAUUAUUAUAAUCAAAUUAUUGCAUUAAAUGCAAUUUCCAUAUGGUCCCAAUUUUUUCCCCCUGGUUUGGGAAUGUACAUCUCUAGAGAGUUCCUUUAUUUACCUUGGAAUAUAAUUACUGUCCUUGUCCUUUUAUCGGUUCUCUUGGCUGAGUGUUCUUGUCCAUUGUGGCCAGCAUGGCUGAAUAGUGAUGGCUUGUUGUAAUCUCCUCUCUUCUGCAGAAAAAAGCAGCGAAUUCUAGUGGUGAUAUGAAAUAUACUGUGUGUAGUUUGGCUGUUCUGUUCUCUUCUGUUUCUCACCUCGCUUUCUCUGAAUGUCUGUAAUUUUUUAAUCACACCUUAGAUUCAACUUUUGUCCUUUGUUGUAGGGUGUGCGGAUGUGUAAGUGAGGGAAUGAGUGUGUGGAUGUGUGUGAGGGGAUGAGUGUGCGGAUGUGUGUGAGGGGAUGAGUGUGCGGAUGUGUGUGAGGGGAUGAGUGUGCGGAUGUGUAAGUGAGGGAAUGAGUGUGCGGAUGUGUGUGAGGGAAUGAGUGUGUGGAUGUGUAAGUGAGGGGAUGAGUGUGUGGAUGUGUAAGUGAGGGGAUGAGUGUGCGGAUGUGUAAGUGAGGGAAUGAGUGUGCGGAUGUGUAAGUGAGGGGAUGAGUGUGCGGAUGUGUGUGAGGGAAUGAGUGUGCGGAUGUGUGUGAGGGAAUGAGUGUGCGGAUGUGUAAGUGAGGGGAUGAGUGUGUGGAUGUGUAAGUGAGGGGAUGAGUGUGCGGAUGUGUAAGUGAGGGAAUGAGUGUGUGGAUGUGUGUGAGGGGAUGAGUGUGUGGAUGUGUAAGUGAGGGAAUGAGUGUGCGGAUGUGUAAGUGAGGGAAUGAGUGUGCGGAUGUGUAAGUGAGGGGAUGAGUGUGCGGAUGUGUGUGAGGGAAUGAGUGUGCGGAUGUGUGUGAGGGAAUGAGUGUGCGGAUGUGUAAGUGAGGGAAUGAGUGUGCGGAUGUGUGUGAGGGAAUGAGUGUGUGGAUGUGUAAGUGAGGGGAUGAGUGUGUGGAUGUGUAAGUGAGGGGAUGAGUGUGCGGAUGUGUAAGUGAGGGAAUGAGUGUGCGGAUGUGUAAGUGAGGGGAUGAGUGUGCGGAUGUGUGUGAGGGAAUGAGUGUGCGGAUGUGUGUGAGGGAAUGAGUGUGCGGAUGUGUGUGAGGGAAUGAGUGUGUGGAUGUGUAAGUGAGGGGAUGAGUGUGUGGAUGUGUAAGUGAGGGGAUGAGUGUGCGGAUGUGUAAGUGAGGGAAUGAGUGUGCGGAUGUGUAAGUGAGGGGAUGAGUGUGCGGAUGUGUGUGAGGGAAUGAGUGUGCGGAUGUGUGUGAGGGAAUGAGUGUGCGGAUGUGUAAGUGAGGGGAUGAGUGUGUGGAUGUGUAAGUGAGGGGAUGAGUGUGCGGAUGUGUAAGUGAGGGAAUGAGUGUGUGGAUGUGUGUGAGGGGAUGAGUGUGUGGAUGUGUAAGUGAGGGGAUGAGUGUGUGGAUGUGUAAGUGAGGGAAUGAGUGUGCGGAUGUGUGUGAGGGAAUGAGUGUGCGGAUGUGUGUGAGGGAAUGAGUGUGCGGAUGUGUAAGUGAGGGAAUGAGUGUGCGGAUGUGUAAGUGAGGGGAUGAGUGUGCGGAUGUGUAAGUGAGGGGAUGAGUGUGCGGAUGUGUAAGUGAGGGGAUGAGUGUGCGGAUGUGUAAGUGAGGGGAUGAGUGUGCGGAUGUGUAAGUGAGGGAAUGAGUGUGUGGAUGUGUGUGAGGGAAUGAGUGUGCGGAUGUGUAAGUGAGGGAAUGAGUGUGCGGAUGUGUAAGUGAGGGGAUGAGUGUGCGGAUGUGUAAGUGAGGGGAUGAGUGUGCGGAUGUGUGUGAGGGGAUGAGUGUGCGGAUGUGUGUGAGGGGAUGAGUGUGCGGAUGUGUGUGAGGGGAUGAGUGUGCGGAUGUGUGUGAGGGGAUGAGUGUGCGGAUGUGUAAGUGAGGGGAUGAGUGUGCGGAUGUGUAAGUGAGGGGAUGAGUGUGCGGAUGUGUGUGAGGGGAUGAGUGUGCGGAUGUGUGUGAGGGGAUGAGUGUGCGGAUGUGUGUGAGGGGAUGAGUGUGCGGAUGUGUAAGUGAGGGGAUGAGUGUGCGGAUGUGUAAGUGAGGGGAUGAGUGUGUGGAUGUGUAAGUGAGGGGAUGAGUGUGCGGAUGUGUAAGUGAGGGGAUGAGUGUGCGGAUGUGUAAGUGAGGGGAUGAGUGUGUGGAUGUGUGUGAGGGGAUGAGUGGUAAUGCUUGAUAAUACUGUAAAUCAAAUGUAUGUGGAAUGUAUUUGAUACAUGAUUAUGGCUUAUGAGCAUCCAUGUGUUCCACACCCGUACGACUGGAACGAGUUCUCAUUUUUUUCUGGUUGUAUUUUUUUCUUGUUUUUCAUUGCGCACGUUUUAUGAAAAAUGUAUGACAAAUGUUUGAAAAAGGCACUGUGAUGAAGAACGGACAGGUGGAAGUGUGAUGUUAUGUAUUAUGUAAUUUAUAUGUACAUUAAUGCUGAGGCAGCGCUGUCUGUUAGAAUGUAAAUGUCUCCAGGAUGGAUCAGAAUGAUGGAACCUCAAAUGUUCCAGACCUUCUCAUCACAAUGUUCUUUAUUUAUUCUAUUGUAUUAUCUAUUCUAUUAUCUCUUUGGUUAAGCAGUUUCAGCUUAUGACAGUAAAUGAAGGUUGAGCACACGUGUCUGGUUUUCCACAUCUGUCCCUGAACCGAGCACCUGAGCAUCGAUUGAGGAGAAAGAAAUGAUCAAACUGUGUCGGGUUACCAAACGCCAAGUGUCUGAUCAGCUGGAAUCUCUGCUGUAGUGCCGUGAACGAACAAUCAAACUACCAAUCAAAGAAAAGAGACGCAAAAAGGUGUGAAUGUACUGUGCUUUUAUGCUUUUUUAGGAGUUCAGGCAAAAAAAAAAAAACGUCCAUUUUUACAGUAAAGCCAUUUAUGUUUACUCAGGCUGAUUUAAGUACAACAUUGGCUGUUGCAGCACCACCAGUUAACCAGCAGAGAGCGCCAUAACACAGCUCAGCCAUAACUGUAGGAAGUGAUGAGUGACGUCAUUACUAUGGCUAUAAACUACACAGACUGUACACAGUGUGUAUCUCUGUAUUGUGUGUAAGUGAGAGAGUGAUUAGACAGGAUUAUACACCCAUAAAAAUAAUAGACAAAAACAAGGAUGCUACAAAAGGGUUCUUUGAGAAGUUUCAUAGAUGAACCACGUUUGGUUCCAGAAAGGGCCAGGAUUGUACACUCUUAAAAGUAAUAGACAAGUUACUCCAUAGGAAAACCACUUUUGUGGUAUGAAGAACCUUUUUACGAAUUUCAGAACUUUUAAAAAAGUUAACCCAUUUAAAGGUUCUUUACACCACUCUCAAAAAAUGGAAAUCAAAAUGUUUCAACUGUGGUUCUACACAAAGAUGCUUUUAUAGAAUCUUUACUUUUAAAUGUGUGUAUGAAGAACCUCUAAAAAGUAAGAUGUUGUUAUAAAGGUGAUUUAAUCAUUUAAAUAAAAAAAGGGAUUCCUUCCUUAUUUUUUAGACAAAUGCACAAAUUUCUGCAUUUCUGAACGCAGAAGUUCUUUUACAGCAUGGUCAGAGUGUACAAAUGUAAAGGAGUGUAAAACAGGUCUGAAGAACCUUUUUUUUUUUUUUUUUUUUUUUGCAGAUGGUCUACAAACCUUUUAGAAACUCUUCAGUGUAGAUCCAAAAGUGGUUUCUUAUGGCAGGUUAAGGGUGUGCAACAGAUAUGCAAUCUGAGAAACCUCAACUUGCCCCACAAAGAUCCUUUAAUAAUUUAAAGGUCCUUCAGUCUCAUACCAAAAGAACUUUACCUUUGUGUUCUUCACAGACUAGACCAGUAUAAAAGAGAUGUAUGCAUAUGAAGAACCUUAUCAGAAGGCUUGAGGAGCCUUUACACGAUCUAGAGGUUCCAUACCUUCAGUUAAACCUUCAGUUGAUCCAAAGGUUUUCUACCAAUGUAAUGGUUCUUCACUUACACAUAUCUUUCUGUCUUUCUAGUGUGAGUAUGAAGAACCUGAUCAGAAAGCCUGAGGAACCUUCAGUUGAUCUAAAGGUUCUCUACCAAUUUAACGGUUCUUCAGUCACACGUCUCUUUCGGUCAUUCAUGGAACCCAAAGAGGUUUUUUAAUCAUGUGAAGAGUGUAAAAGAUAUGAGUGAGUAUGAAGAACCUGAUCAGAAAGCCUGAGGAACAUUUAGUCAGUCUCUCAUCAGAUCAAUUUCUAAACCAAAUUAAAGGUUCUUUAGCUACACAUCCAUUUUUAUUUAUUAAGGAACCUGGACAUGGUUCCUCUAUGACAAGAUAUCAAUGUAAAAAAGAAGUGUCUGUGUAAAGAACCUUUUUUUUUAGGAAGUUUGAAAAACUUUUGUUUUGGAUUAAUUAAGAACCCGACAUGUUAAGAGUGUAAAAGAGAUGUGUGGGUGUGAAGAAUGUUAUAAAAAAAAGGCCUGAGAAAUCUUUAGCUUUAUCAAAGGUUCUCUACCAAUUUAAAGGUUCUUCAGUUAAACAUUUUUUUUCUUUUGGUUCUUUUAGAAACCAGAAGUGGUUCUUCUAUGACAGGUUAGCAGUAUGAAUUGUGCAGAACCUUUUAGCAGGCCACAAAAACUUUUACUUAAUGCAAAGGUUUUCCAGAUACACAUCUCUUCUGUUUCUUUCUGGAACAAAACCUGUUUCUUCUAUGGCAUUUCCUAAAGAACCCUUUGUAGCAUCUUCAUUUUUAUGAGAGUGUGCAGUAGAUGUUCUGCUGUUCUGCAGCGUUUUGAUCCAAUUAUGUUCUUUACACACACACACACACACACACACACACACACACACACACACGAAGCUGCUGAGCAGUUUGUGUUUUAAUCCGUUGCAGAUUUUGGUAGAACGCUGCUUCUGGGGUUCUGUAAGGCUGUGGUUAGAACAGUAGACCUGCUGUCUGACGAAAACAUGACUGUAUGAUAAUAAUCUAUAACUGUAAUUAUAACCAGCACCUGAAUGUUUAUAAAUGGCAUGAAAUUGU